UUUCAGUAUGACUGUCAAAGCUAUGCAGCCAGAUUUCCACGUAGUGAAGCUAUUUUCUGCCGUACAACUCGACAUAAAGCACCAAAUAAUACCUACACAGUCAUGAAGGAAUGUAUUUCCGAAAGGGAUCAUUAUGAACUGUUCCCUAACAAAGGAUAUUCCAUGGAUGAAGAAUGCGAUCUCGUUGAAGUACAUGGCCAAGAGGUACGGUGGACGAAUCUAAAGACGAAUAACUUGUGA